AUGAAUGAUCAGAUCAUGAACGUUCUCAAGUUUCUAGUCCCUGAAAUAAAUGAUUGUCUCCAGAAAAUUUUAAAUAGAUUGGAGACAUUAUGUGCAGUGCAAGAGCAGCACUCCAUAGUGCUGCAAGAGCUGCUGAUUAACUCAAGACUGACUUUGGAUGUUGGCUGCACUGAGCGACCUGAAAUGAUGCCAGAUCUCCCAUUAGCUACAUUAACUGAUUUGGAAUUGUGGGAGAAUUUUAUUACAUCCAAUAAAACCAACUACACUUAUGCUUGCAAGCUAUUGUCGACAGUAGGUGGAGGUAAUGCAGCCCAAACCACUCGACGAAUGAUGAAGAGGCUCAUUACUUCAAAACUGGCCCAAACUGGGCAGGCAGAGCUCCGAAGAAGCCAUUCAAAGAGCUUGCAACAAAAUCUCUUAUUUUUGAUAAAUUCUAUCAAAAAAUCGUGUGGAUCAACUGUGGGCAUUGAGAAUCAAAUUGAAGAUGCCAUCAAGGAUUGGCUAAAAUAUGCCACAAUCAGAGUGUUUUCAGCGGACAAAAAAAAACAAUCUAAUUUUGUCUUUUGUCGGUAAUUAAACAGUAUUAUGAAA